UCCGCCUCCACCGAUAUUGCUAUAGUCACUCGCGCUCUCUCAGUCUCCGCCGUAGUUCUCGUUUCUGCCCAUUUGGAAUCGGCGACGGAUUCAUCGUCGGAGAAAAGAAUCGAAGAAGCAGAGUUCUAUGACUUCAUCGGAGGAGCAGGCCUCGCUUCUCGAACACGGUCCGUCGUCACGCCACAAUCAGGUACUUACCAAAAUCCAGAAGCGAUUCAAUUAGCCGGAAUUCGACAUAGAUCCAGAAGGAUUCCGGGUGAGCGUAGUGGAUUGCACACUGGAGAUGGCUCGGUUGACAUCAAUGGAAGGCCAGUUCUCAAGCAGAACACAGGAAAUUGGAAAGCAUGUCCUUUCAUCUUGGGGACGGAGUGUUGUGAACGGUUGGCCUACUACGGGAUUGCUAAGAAUCUCGUGACUUAUCUUACUACGAAUAUGCACGAGGGGAAUGUAUCGGCUGCAAGAACUGUUUCUACGUGGUCUGGCACUUGCUACAUUACGCCACUCAUUGGGGCUGCACUGGCAGAUGCAUACUGGGGGAGGUAUUGGACCAUCGCGGCUUUCUCGACGAUUUACUUCAUUGUGAGUCUUUGUGGGACUUGCUGCUUUCGUUUGUUACACUUAUCUCCUCGCUAAUAUGAAUGACUUGUUAUCUUGUUGCUCAACCCUCAAUGGAUGCUGGCUGUUUUGGUUUUCAAAAUUGGACCUUAGGAGCUUGUUGUCAACUGCCACUUUGGGUAUUUUAAGGCGAUUGCGUUUGUAUAGCUUGGAGCGGUAAUUCCUGUGUUCAUGCGCUAAAGAACCUCCAUUUUCAUUGUAGAUUACUCCCUGGCGGCUCAAGUGUUCUUUGGUCUUAGUCAAAGGAAGUGAAUUUAGUGUUGAGAUGUUGGUCUAUUGACUAGCUUCCAUCAAUGCUGAUUCACUUUUGGAUUCAGCUGCUAAAAUUUUGAUUGAGAGAUUGAUAAAUGACCUGUAUGUUUUUAAUCGACAUCAGGGAAUGUGCACCUUGACUCUAUCAGCAUCGGUUCCAUUUCUGAAGCCUUCCGAUUGUGUGGGUUCACUCUGUCCUCCAGCAACUACCCCGCAAUAUGCUGUAUUCUUCUUUGGUCUAUACCUGAUCGCACUCGGGACAGGUGGCAUCAAACCUUGUGUUUCGUCGUUUGGGGCUGAUCAGUUCGAUGAUACUGAUGCCAUAGAGAGGGUGAACAAGGGUUCCUUCUUCAACUGGUUCUAUUUCUCGAUCAACAUCGGUGCUCUCAUUUCGAGCAGUUUGAUUGUUUACAUUCAAGAUAAUGUUGGGUGGGGUGUAGGGUUUGGUGUGCCCGCCAUAUUUAUGGGAGUUGCCAUAGCGACUUUCUUCUCUGGCACGCCACUCUAUAGGUUCCAGCGGCCAGGGGGAAGCCCUCUUACGAGAAUGUGCCAGGUCUUGGUUGCAUCUUUUCAUAAGUGGAAUCUAGAAGUGCCUUCUGACUCCACCCUCUUGUACGAAACACAAGAUGAAAUCUCUAGCGUCGAAGGCAGCCGUAAGCUGGAGCACACUGAUGAAUUGAAAUGCCUUGAUAGAGCUUGCAUAGUAUCAGAUGCCGAGAUGAAAAGCUCAGACUUCUUAAACCCAUGGAGGCUCUGCACGGUGACACAGGUGGAGGAACUCAAAAUACUGAUCCGCAUGUUCCCCAUCUGGGCCACAGGGAUCGUCUUUUCCGCAGUCUAUGCCCAGAUGUCCACCAUGUUUGUCGAGCAAGGCAUGCUGAUGGACGCCACGAUAGGCUCCAUCAAAAUCCCUCCUGCCUCCUUAUCCACAUUCGACGUCAUCAGCGUCAUCUUCUGGGUCCCGGUCUAUGACGCCUUCAUUGUCCCACUUGCCUCUCGUUUCACUGGAAACCCAAGGGGUUUCUCCGAGCUGCAGCGUAUGGGGAUUGGCCUGUUGAUCUCGAUCCUCGCCAUGGCAGCAGCAGCUCUCGUGGAGAUCAAGCGGCUCCAGCUCGCUGACGAGCUAGGACUGGUGGACCAAGCUGUAGUUGUCCCACUCAGCAUCUUCUGGCAGAUCCCACAAUUCAUGCUGGUGGGUGCCGCUGAGGUGUUCACUUUCAUUGGCCAGCUCGAGUUCUUCUACGAGCAGUCCCCUGAUGCAAUGCGGAGCCUGUGCAGUGCGCUGGCGCUGCUGACUACGUCAUUGGGGAACUACCUGAACUCGUUUAUCCUGACUAUCGUGGUGCAUUUCACCACGAAGGGUGGGUUGGAGCCAGGGUGGAUACCAGAUAACUUGAACAAGGGGCAUCUCGAUUACUUCUUCUGGUUGUUGGCUGGGUUGAGCUUUGCAAAUCUGGUGGUUUAUAUUGCGUGUUCCAGGAGUUAUAGAGAGAAGAAGGCUAUCUAGCCAGUGGCCUUGGAGCGAAAUUGUUUGUACAUAGAUAUGCUGAUUUCCUUUCCAGAUUCAAGAACCUUUUUUGCUUUAUUACUUUUACUUCCCGUUGUAAUCUUAUGUGUAUACACAUGGUGUUCAUGAACAUGAAACCAUGGAGGUUUCUGAGCAGUUUUUUCUUUGAGCUUCUGAAUUAGUUAUUGUCCAGUUAAGGGAAAAUUGGUUAGAUUACAAUUUAACAUUACCCAA